AUGCGGCUAGUUAAAAGCAGCAUUGAGCAUAAUGGCUCUGGGGCUGUCACAUUAUGCCCAGAGGAGCCAGAAGAUAUGUGGCACGCAUACAAUCUCAUCCGCUCUAACGACCUCCUGCGCGCAAGCGCAAUCCGCAAAGUCACUACUGCCCAGGAUAGCGGGACGACAGUCUCCCAAAGAGUCCAUUUAAUGUUGCAGAUCCGAGUGAAGGGGCUCGACUUCGACCCAAACAGCUCCCAGCUCCACGUCAGUGGACAGAUUAUGAACGAGACGCAACAUACACGGAUAGGACAGUUUCAUACUCUAGAUCUUGAGUUGCACCGUAAUUUCACCUUGGAGAAAGAGAUCGGUGCUGAUGGAGAAGGGGUUGGCUGGGAUAGUAUAGCUAUUGAUAUGCUAAAGGAUGCUGUUGAUGAAAGUGGCAAGAGGAGAGCAGAGGCUGUGGCAGUGGUGAUGCAAGAAGGCCUUGCGCAUAUAUGCUUUAUAACACAGUUUCAAACGAUUUUGAAACAGAAAGUCGAAAUGUCGGUUCCACGCAAGAGAGCAGGCGGAGGUGAUCAUGACAAGGGGUUAUCAAAAUUCUUCCAAGUCACACUAGACACACUUCUCCGCCAAAUUGAAUUUAACACAAGCGUCACGGCAACAGCGAGCAACAACAAUGGCAAUGAAGCUGUGCGGCCAAUACUCCUAGCCUCACCGGGAUUUGUUGCGGCUGGCUUCCAAAAAUAUAUCCAGUCCGCAGCAGCGACAAAUAUGCCAUCUCUCAAACGACUUUUACCUCAAAUCGUGGUAGUCCAUUCAGCUUCGGGAUACCUCCAUUCCCUUUCAGAAGUUCUCCAGUCGCCGUCUGUCAAGACUCUUCUAUCUGAUACCAAAUACGCGCGUGAGACAAAACUUAUGGAUGAUUUUUUGGAGCAUUUACGCAAAGAUACCAAUAGAGCAACGUAUGGGCCGCGCGAAGUCGAGUAUGCUGUUGACCAAGGCGCGGUUGGUAGGGGUGGGGGGCUUCUUAUCAUCUCGAAUAGACUGUUUCGCGCGCAGGACGUGGCUGAGAGGAAGCGUUGGGUCGGAUUAGUAGAUCGCGUGCGCGAAGUCGAGGGUGGGGAGGUUCGUGUUCUGAGCUCAGAUCAUGAAAGUGGCAAGAGGCUUGACGGGCUAGGUGGCAUUGCUGCGCUGUUGACUUUCCCUGUUGCUGAGGAAGAUCUCGCAUCUGAUGACGAAGAUGAUAAUGAUUUAUAG